UUCCUUUCAGAAAAAAAGAAUAUCGAACAAUCGGUUUCUGGACCCCAGAUAAAAGAAGCCCAGGCUACAAGUAACCCUGGAUAAUCAAAUUCACACGCAAAUCAACACUUCAGUCACAAAUCGUAGCCAUGGAAACGCUCGAAGACAUAAAGCGGCGCACGACCGACAUCCUCUCGUCGAUAUCGACCACUUUGACUUCCAGACACCAUGCCGAUGAUCACGGAGCUCACAUGAGGGGCAGUUGGGAGAAGAUCAAACUCCCCGCCCUUCCCAGAUCUUCCCAUUCCGUCGACAUUGUCGCCGGGACGGCCUACGUCUUUGGCGGCGAGGCCGAGAAUGCCCGUCAGCCCACAGACAACGACAUGCACGCCAUUGUCCUUCCGUCCAGUAGUGCUCCGGCGGAUUACUAUGCCAUCAAAGCGAAGUCACCAAAGAACACGGAUGCCUCGGACGAGAAGAACAAGGUCUCCGAAACCAACGAGUCGAACCAGACUCCUGCUCCGCGUGUCGGUCACGCCACAGCCGUCAUCGGCCACCGCAUCUUCCUCUUCGGCGGACGUGGCGGUCCUGACAUGACUCCCCUCGACGAAGCCGGUCGUGUCUGGGUCUUCGACACACGUACUCACUUCUGGUCCUACCUUGACCCCGUCUCCCCCGUCAGCGAAAACCCCCCCUUUGUCCCAGAGCCGCGCAGCUACCAUUCGGCCGUGGCAACCGACAAGCCCCGUAACUUCAACAAGGCAUCGCCCACCAAAAAGAGCAACAGCCGGCCGGAUACUAGUUCUUCCACCAGUCAUAAUGUUGCUGGUGACAUUGGCGAAGGCCUCAUCAAGCGCGCGAACACCAUUCGUGACUGGGCUGCCGGCGACGGCAACGUGGACGAAGUCGGUACCCCGCAGCGCCCCAUUGUUGGAAAGAUCGCCGAGCACGCCGUUGACGCCGAUGUGGACGGCUACGGCACCUUCAUCAUCCACGGCGGUUGUCUAGCCGAUGGGAAGAGAACCUCGGACGUUUGGGCCUUCGACAUCCACUCCCGCGUCUGGCAGCAACUGCCUAACGCCCCUGGUCCGGCUCGCGGGGGUGCCGCGCUGGCGCUGAGCAGAAGCAGACUGUACCGCUUUGGCGGGUUCAACGGCGAGACGCAGGAGGGCGGACAGCUGGAUUAUUUGGAGCUCGUACUCGAAGAGUUUGACGAUCAUUUCAGCAAAGGAGACGCCAGCAUCUCGGUUAAAGAUGGAUGGAAGAGUCUGUUGCAGGGUAAGGAGGACGUGGGAUACAAGGAACCGGAUCCGGAGCCCGUUCCUACAGUUCUCAGCAGUCAAGACCCCGAAGAGGAGCAGUGGCCGGGGGCGAGAAGUGUUGCCGGUUUCGAGGCGAUCACUGUCGGUGGUGGCCGCGAGUAUCUUGUUCUUAUCCUUGGAGAGAGAGAGGGUAGUGGCAAGGGACAUGACGCUGCAGGAAAGUUCUGGGACGAUGUCUGGGUCUACCAAGUUCCCGCACAAGGCAUGAGUCUGGCAAGCGUCGGGGAUAAGGUGAAGUCUGUCGUUGGAAGGAAGAGCCGGGAGGGUAAAUGGACGAAGAUCGAUACUAUCCCACAUGAUGCUGAAGACAUUGACUCGGUUGGCGGUCCUGGCCCAAGAGGCUGGAUUGCUAGUUCAGCCAUGGGGGAGCUUGAGGAGAACGGUAUUUUGAUCUGGGGUGGUUUGAAUUCUGAGAACAACAGACUGGGAGAUGGCUGGAUUUUGCGGUUGCUCUGAUGCGAUUUGUGUUUUGCGCCAUGAGGAUCUACCACAUGAAUUGAUAUCAAUGCCCCGCAGAAUUAUCCGGGGGAACGAGUGUUUAUGGGCUUCAAAGUUACUAUAUGAGGUUGUUAGAAAGCGAGAUGUGAUGACUUUUAAGCGUAGAAAGGAAUUGGCUUACCA